GAGGUCAAAGUUUUACUGUCUGUUUACUGUACGUAUGCACUGAACAUGCAAACACACACAAGCACACACACACACACACAGACAGACUGUUGAAAUGCACCUCUUCCUUUCUUUUUUUUCUUCCUUUCCGAAUUUCCUUUCCUCUUUUCCUCGGUCCUGUCUCUCUCUCUCUCUGAGCCAACAGGUUGCAGCAGCUUCACCCCCACCCCCUUCACCCAAACUUUUUCCUGCACUUCAGCAGAUCCCGGCCAAGAAACUCUGCCAUUCAACCAACAACACUUACAUCUACCUCCUACCCAACACACACACACACACAAAGAUAAACUCAUAGAUUUUCAAACAACUUUAUUUUUUUAUUUCCUCUGAUAACACCAUCUCCAGAAAAUUUAUAUUUAUUUUUCCGUUUUCUGCCUCACUUGGAUAAAACACUGGGAAUAUUUUUUUUUUUUCCUCUCCAAGCCCUGAAGAAAUUACCUGGACUGGAGACGAUAAUAAAGAUUCACUUGUCUGCACGGAUUAAAGACAAAUCAUAGCCUGGAUUGAUGAUCUCACAGUGGAUACUGGGAUUUGUGUUUAUCAAGAGAAGAUCUGGAAGGAGGAGAAGGUGAUUGAAGGAGGAAGAGGAGAAGGAAGAGGAGGAGCUGAGAAGGAGUAUGGGCCUCUCCUCUGUGUGGAUCUUUCUUUUGUCCCUUUUUCUCUACCAUCAAAGAGUCACGGGACAGAUUGAAGCAUGUAGGACGGUGGCGCAGGCGGACAUAGUUUUUCUGGUGGAUGAGUCAUGGGCCGUGGGUCAGACCAGCUUCUCCAGUGUCAAGAACUUCAUCUCCUCCAUCAUCAGCUCCUUCCAGGACAGUGUGAUGGGGGACGAAGGGGUCCGAUUUGGUGUUACCGUCUUUAGUGACGUGCCAAGGAUGAGGAUCGCUUUGACAGACUAUGGAUCAGUGGAACAGGUGCUGACAGCCAUCAGAGACCUGCCGUAUGACGGUGGAUCCAGGAGGACCGGUGAAGCCCUCAGGUUCCUGGUCGAUACGGCCUUUAGCCCGGCCAUCAUUCGAGAUAAUUCCCCAAAGAUUGCUCUUCUGAUCACUAACGGACCUUCAGACGACCGGAUUGAUGAGGCAGCCACUGCUGCAGCUGACGGUGGCAUUUCUGUAUUUGCAGUAGGCUUAGGAGGAGCUGAUGAGUUAGAGCUGAGGAGGAUUGUGUCGGAGCCUCAUGAUGAGCACUUACUUAUCGCCGCUGACUACUACCUCCUGGACAACAUCUUUCCUAAAGUGUCGCGCAGAGUUUGCGUCACAGCUUCUGAACCACCGCGCCCUGUGAAAUCUCCUGAACCUGUUGAAGAGCCCACUGUGGGCCCCAGAGAUCUGCAGGUCAGUGAGUUGGCCUACAGUUCCCUCAGACUGACCUGGAGUCAGGCCACAGGUGAUGUCACAGGAUACCGCCUCCUGGUCACUCCUCUGACCUCCAGAGGAAACCCCCUCCAUCAUAAAGAGAAAACGCUUGACUUGAAGGCAGAUGUGAGUUCAUCAUUGGUCACAGAGCUGAGUCCAAAAACAGACUACACCUUCACUGUCUACGCCAUCUACCCCAACAUGAUCGGAGACUCUGUGAAAGUCACCGUUCAGACAACUCCUUUACCUCGGGUGUCCAAUUUCCGUGUUAUUGAGGAGGGAUUGUUUUCCCUGCGUCUUGGCUGGACUCCUCCACUAGGGAAACUUAACGGAUUCAAGAUCUUCAUCCCCAGAUCCAACCGACCAGGAUAUGCUUAUGAGCAGCUACUUCCUGGAGACACUUCUUCUCAUGUGAUCGACAGCCUGGAGGAGGACAAAAAGUACACUGUCCACAUGUACGCUGUGUACCCACAGGGACCAAGUGAACCAGUGUCGGCAGAUGGCAGGACGUUAAAAUUAGUCCAAGUAAAACAGUUCCUGGUUCAAAACGCCACCACUGACACGUUCCAAGCCAGGUGGGCCUCCGUCCGUGGAGCCACAGGAUAUCGUCUGACAUGGGCAUCUCAAAACGAUCACAUAGAGAACAUAAACCUCGGGGACAACUUUAACUUCUACAUGAUCCAGGGUCUCCAUUCGGGUUCUGAGUACACAGUUACUAUUAACCCCAUCUUUGGAGACACUGAGGGGCCUGUCACUACAACUAAAGCAAAAACAUUGGAGAGCAGUGCAGUUCAGACUCUAAAAGUGUCUGGCGUCACCACCAGUUCAGCUGUCAUCUCUUGGAACAGUGUCCCCGGAGCCACAGGGUACAGACUGGCCUGGGGACCUACUCCAGAAUUUUCGGGGCAGGAUCGGCCCAGACAGUUGGCCUUGAACGGCAGCACCACAGACUAUCAUCUAAAGAACGUAGCCCACAAUACGGAGUACGUCCUGACUCUGUAUGUGUUGUUUGGGUCUGUGGUGGGACCUGGUGUCACUGCUACCUUUAGAACCUCUCCUCUGGGCUACGUGUCCAACUUCAAGGUGACCUCAUACACUAGCACCUCCAUAGAUGUGGAGUGGAGCCCGAUCGUAGGAGCCACGGAAUAUAAACUCACCUGGAAAACAGGUAUCAGCAGCCCCCAGUCUCGUUACCUGGACCACAGCGUCCUCUUUAACCGCAUCCAAGACCUGAGCCCACAUUCCACCUACACAAUCACCAUCGCCGCGAUAUACGGCAACUCGGAGGGACCAGAAAUCUCCCUGUCUCAGCUCACAGCUACUGUUUCAGACUCAGACCCAAUCCCGGCAGUGAGGGGCGUGAAGGUGGUGGACAUUGGCAUAAAUUUCUUUACCUUGUCAUGGAGCAAAACACCAGGGGCUUCUGGGUACAAAAUAACUUGGGUACCCUUCCUAGGGGGUGAGGAGAGGUUCCAUGUCGUAUCUGCUGCGUCCACCACCUACACCAUCCAGCAGCUAAAGGAAAGCUCAGCGUAUAAGAUCCAGGUGUCCUCCAUGGUGGCCCACAGGGAGGGCAGUCCAGUCCUGGUCACUGCUCGUACCUUGGAUCUCCCAAAGGUGAACCGUUUUGCGGCUCUGAACACCACAGACAGCAGCACUGUUCUUAACUGGACACGAGUAGCGGGGGUCUCAGGUUACCUUUUGUCCUGGAGGCACAUCUCAGUGUUGGAGUCCAAAUCAGAGACUCUGGGUCCUGGUUUCACCUCCUUUAAGAUCGGUGACCUCCUCUAUGGUCGGACAUAUAUUUUCUCCAUCAGACCUCUGUAUGGAGAAGUGACCGGGCCUGUGACCACGGUGUAUCAGAGAAUAUUGGGUCAGGAUACUCCGUCAACAACCGCACAGUCUGCAACACCGACAGCGGCCUCCAUCCUCAACACUACCGCGGUUCAGACAGUCACCAGGAACCUCCAUCACACCGUGACUCUGCCACCACAGAGGACCGUCACCGCUACGAAACCUGCGGCUCGGCCUAGUGUCUCCACCCUGAGAUUGACCACAGCCUCUCCUCCAACAACAACUCCAUCUGGUCCAGCAUGUGCUAAGGCCAAAGCAGACAUAGUGUUCCUGGUGGAUGAGUCCUCCAGCAUCGGGGCCGAUAACUUUAUUAAAAUAAAGGAUUUCAUAUUCCGAGCCGUCACUUACUUCCCCAUCAUUGGUCCCUCGGCCACACAGAUAGCUGUGGUUCAUUACAGCGACGAGCCUCGAAUUGAAUUCAAACUGAAUGAGUUCAAAGACAGAAACUCCAUUCUCAGGGCACUCAGGGGCCUGCGCUACGGUACAGGAAACACCAAAACAGGAAAAGGCAUCGGCUACGUGAUCCAGGAACUGUUCCAGGAGUCUGCUGGGAUGAGGAUGGACGUGGCCCAUGUUCUGGUUCUGAUCACAGACGGCAGAGCCCAGGACGACGUGGAGCCUCCCUCUAGAAUCGCUCGGGCCCUGGGCGUCAGCAUCGUGGCAGUCGGAGUCCACAACGCAGACCUAGAUGAGCUGAAUAAAAUAGCAGCUCCCACCAACUACAAGAAUAUCUUCUUCUCCCCGACCUUUGACGACUUUCCUUCCAUAGAGAGAGAGUUUAUCAAAUCCAUCUGUAGCGACGAGCUCCUGACCGAGUAUAAAGUUACAGACGAGAAUGCUCAGCUGGACAAUCCCACUGACGACCCAGAGGAGAUGGCCAAGCCUGAAGGCCCUGAGGGUGCCUGCUCCUCCCAGUGUACGAAGGGCCAAAAGGGUGAAAAGGGUGAUGGUUUUGGUCUUGGAGGUCUGAGGUUUAGGCCAAGUCCUGGACGGUUUGAUCCGUUCACUUCUGCCAAAGGAGAGACAGGAGAAAAGGGAGCUCCAGGAACAGAUGGGAUUCCUGGGUUGCCUGGACGACCAGGGAGAACCGGACCCCCAGGUUCUGGUGGCCAACGGGGAACUCCUGGCAUUCCAGGUGACAUGGGUCCUGCUGGUCGUCCUGGUCCAAAGGGACAGAGAGGAGAGAGAGGAGAACCUGGAUAUGUCAUUGCUGGUACCGAUGCCAAUUAUGUCCCUGGACGAAAGGGAGAACCAGGAUCUUCAGGGCCACAAGGGGCUCCAGGUGUACCUGGGGUCAACGGGGCUCCGGGCCUGCCGGGCCAACUGGGACCUGCAGGACUACCAGGACUCUCCAUCAAGGGAGACCGAGGAGAGGCAGGAGAACAGGGUUUACGUGGUAUCAAAGGUGCAAAAGGAGACAAAGGAGAAGCAGGAAUAGAUGGAGUGGCAGGUUUACCUGGUCCUAUUGGCAUCGAUGGUGUUCCAGGUUUACCAGGUCUGAAAGGAGAGAAGGGUGAAGAAGGAAUCGGUAUACAGGGGAUUCAAGGCCCUCGUGGUGAACCAGGAGAAAAGGGAAACAUUGGCGUCACAGGACUUGUCGGCCCAAAGGGUGAUCGCGGAGAACAAGGUAUUCAGGGAAUAAUUGGACCUCGAGGAAAGAAGGGAUUGAAAGGAGAACUAGGCGACAAGGGAGACCAAGGAGAGAGAGGAUUGAUCGGACCUCAAGGACCAACGGGCUUCACUGGGCCCAUAGGGUUGAAAGGAGACGAGGGUCAAAGAGGACCACCAGGAGACCCUGCCAAGGGCAUACUCGGUCCAACCGGUAAAAAGGGAGUCAGGGGGGACAUCGGUCCUGUCGGCCUUACAGGGCCCCAGGGAAUAAAAGGAGAACGUGGAGACAAGGGAGAAAAGGGCAGUCCUGGAUUUGGGAUUCCAGGACAGCAGGGGCCAAAAGGAGACAACGGUGAAAGAGGAAAUGUUGGUUUGUCUGGAAAACCAGGGCCAAAGGGACACGAUGGUUCCAAAGGUGACAAAGGAGAAGUUGGCUCUCCUGGAAAUCCUGGAGAAGCGGGAUUAAGAGGUAAAGAUGGUUUAGGUGGAACAAAAGGAGAACAAGGAAUCAAGGGAGAACAAGGUCCGACUGGAGAGCCGGGAGAAAGAGGAAUCAGGGGUCCACUGGGUUUAACAGGAAGAUCCGGCGACCCUGGAGAAAAGGGGGAUUCUGGGACACCUGGUCAGCCUGGCACUGAUGGAAAGAAAGGCGACAAAGGGGAGCCGGGAAAACCUGGACCUCCGGGAGCACAAACUGUGACCGAUAACAACAUCCUGACCAGAGUGAUUAAGGGUGAACCAGGAGAACCCGGUCGACCUGGUGUAAAUGGAGACAGAGGUUUACCUGGACCACAGGGUCCAGAAGGUAAACCAGGAUUACCAGGGACGUCACUGGGAGCGCUGGGACCAAAGGCUGACCCUGGGGCUAAAGGAGAAAAGGGAGACCAAGGUCGGAUUGGGAUUGCAGGAAUACCUGGAUUACCAGGAACACCCGGAAAAUCCGGAUUUGAUGGGAAGAGAGGGCUGCCAGGAAAAGAUGGCGAGAGGGGAGCGAAAGGAGAAGAUGGCAUGAAGGGAGACAAAGGAGACGCUGGUGCAGAUGGUAAAGAUGGCAGUAAAGGUGAACCAGGACCCCCGGGUCUGCCUGGAAAACAAGUGCUCAUCACUUCAGAGGGUGCCUCCCUUGACGAUGCGCGUCAAGCAUUUCCAAUCCCAAUGGGUCCUCCAGGAGCCACUGGUUCACCGGGAAUAAAGGGUGAGAGAGGAGAGACUGGACUAAGAGGAGAGAAGGGAAAUGCAGGAGCUCCAGGAAAAUCUAUUGAGAUGAAGGAUAUUGAGGUGAUGUUUGAAGCGUACGGGAUACGGCUGCCUUUGUUGAAGGCUUUGAUCGACAGGCUGCUGCAGGAUGGGAUCGAAGAGCUUCUUCAGGUUCUUGGCAGUGUCAGAAAACUAGGAGACAACACAGAGACUCACACGUCCAACGUCAUCACAGAGUACACAAGUUCUCUGAAGCAUGAGGUCACCGAUCAGCCGGUGUCAGAACUCGACACCCCUGAAGGCCCGGAUUUGGAACUCCUGUUUCCAGAGUUACCUGUUGAGCCUUUUAAUGAAACAUCAGAGGAUCCCAGUCUGUGGAAUGUCACCACGGUGACUAUAGAACAGGAACUGAACAGUUCUGACACUGACCCGAAAGCAAACUUUGAGAAGAAGUUACUGGUUGGGACCGAUGACGGAGUGUCUUCACUCAGUAUUAAUCUUACUGAUGUUAAUUCUACUUUCAAUUUCACUACGACACAGGAGACUGUUUCAGGUUUACCUGAGGCAGUGGUGGAGACGGUCAUCACUCCGGAAGACUUUCUGAAGAAGAAGACACCGGGACAGAAGAAGAAGAACAGGGAACGUGGGAAGGGCAAAGGAAAUAAAGGACGACAUAAGAGGCAGAGACACCGCCUGACAACAGGAGAAGGAGAGGAAGAUGGAGAGGAAGAGUUUUAUAGCACUGAAGAAUACAGUUACGAACAGGAGGAAGAACAUUUUACACAUGACUACCUAAACCUGCAGGAAAGAACAGAUGGCAGACAGGUUCAGACAACAAGCACAGAGCCUCCAACUCAACCUACAGCGGUCGAAGCAUCGCUGUCUCCACUUCCUGUCCCUACAGCAGAACCAGAGAAGGUGGUUCAAAAUAGAACGAGGUUCAGAAGAAGUGCCCCCUCUCCUCAGUCCAUGGCUUUCAUGCCAGGCGCCCCUGGGGGAAGAUUUCGGUUCAAGCAGGAACAGAAACAUUUGUCUUCUGGAGCUGGAGGUCACAACAGUUUUUACGACAAGAAGAGAGAAGGCCACGAUCCUCUGUUGCCAAGCGGGAAGGACAGAAAAGAAAGGAAAGGGAGACAGAAUUACAGUCAGACAGAAGUACAGGAUGGAGGAGAUGAGACGGAGACAACGAAAGAAACAGAACCAGAUUAUACAGAAACUGUCCCUGAUUCUGUCUAUGAGGAAGAGAGGAGCGGAGACUACGACUGGGACACGGAGGAAGAUGUGGACAGAGAGAGGGCUGAAGAAGAUGAGCUGGAGGAGAGGAUGGAGAUGUAGAGGGAGAGAAUGGAGCUGGAGAGGGAGGCUGAACUGGAGAUGGAGAGAGAGAAAAUGGAGAGGCAGAAGGAGCUGGAGAGGAGCAGGACCGGCCAGGAGGAAGGAGAGGUAGAGAGAGAUUUGGAUAGAGAGAGGGAGGAGUGGCAGAGGAGGAGGAUGGAGAUGGAGAGAGGAAGAGAAGGUUAUCAUGAAGAAGGUGGACAACCGUAUCCUUAUCCACCAGAGUACUAUCUCUUAAAGGGACAACCGGGGGAGACGGGAAAACCAGGAAAAAAGGGUGAAUUUGGGGAAAAAGGACAAAAGGGAGAACCAGGGAUUGGACACAGAGGACCGGAAGGUCAGGCUGGUCCUCCAGGACACAAGGGUGAACCUGGUGAGUCUGGACCUCCAGGUGCUCAAGGCAUUCAAGGUAUUCGUGGCAACCCAGGGUUCCAAGGUUCUCCCGGUCUACGGGGGCCUCCAGGGGACCCGGGGACAGCAGGCAGAGAGGGUGAGCGCGGUAAGCGUGGAAAGAAUGGAUCCCCAGGACCUCCUGGACCACAGGGAGCUCCAGGACCUCUGGGAGCUCCAGGUGCUCCUGGAGUUAAAGGAGAAAAGGGCGACAGUAUUCCUGGUGGACCCGGUUCAAGAGGUUUGGCAGGUGUCCCAGGCAGAAGAGGUGAAACAGGUGUUCCAGGUGUCAAAGGAGCUCCUGGACACAUAGGUCUAAAAGGCUUGAGAGGUGGGAAGGGGGACAAGGGAGACCGUGGGAUUUCUGGAGUCAAAGGAGAACGGGGGAGCACUCUUCAAAUCCAAGGGCCACGUGGGUUUAAGGGCUCCAAAGGUGACCCGGGUGAGCGUGGCCCCCCAGGAUUUGAUGGCGACAAAGGAGAGAAAGGCGAAGACGGUCCUCCUGGAUACAAGGGUUCGAAGGGAGACGCCGGCACCAAGGGUGCGUUAGGGCGGUUUGGAGCACGAGGACCUGUUGGACAGAAGGGAGAUCCAGGAGAACCAGGACUCAACGGAGUGAAGGGGCGAAAUGGGGAUCAUGGAGUGGACGGGACCAAAGGCGACAAGGGAGACAAAGGAUUGCAGGGUCAAAAGGGUGAUCAGGGAGAUCCUGGAGAACCAGGUUUACCUGGAGACAAAGGGGAGAAAGGAGAGAAGGGUUUCAGGGGUUUUCCUGGACGCAGUGGGAAUCCAGGUCUGAAUGGAGAAAAGGGAGAUAUGGGAAUACAUGGCACACCUGGAAUGCCUGGAUUAAACGGACUCAUAGGACGCAAGGGAGACAAAGGAGGCGCAGGAACCAGUGGAGUUGAUGGAGAUCUUGGAGAAAAAGGAGAAAAAGGUGUAGCCGGUUUCCCAGGGUUCCCAGGCUUUAAGGGCUCACUGGGAACUCCAGGAAGAGAAGGAGACGAUGGCCCUCCUGGACCACCAGGUCCACGUGGUAGUGCCGGUCCUAAGGGGGAGAGAGGGCGAAGAGGGAGAGUCAAGCCGUGUCAGAAGGGAGAACCAGGAGCGCCAGGACUAGGAGGACAGAGUGGUAUUUUGGGAAAACCUGGAGCCAAGGGUGAGAAGGGAGAACCUGGACUUUCAACUGGAGAGGUGAAGGAGUUGGUGACACAGGAAGUUGUGGUGAAGUGCGGUUUGGAAUACAAGUUCAUGGUGAAGUCAGUGGAUCCAGAUGGAACGACAGCAGUGACAGGGGAUAUAAACGAUCCAGAUGUGUCUCGUGACUUCCCUGAAGAAGAGGAGGAGGAUGAAGAGCUGGAGGAUGAAGGAAGGAUGGAGAACGGCACCGUUCCGGAUCUCGGGAAAUAUGGAGAAGAAUGCUGCUUAACCCGCCGGGUAAAACUGACCAAACUGCAUGACACUGUGACAAAAAAAAAAACAACUAAAUAACUCAUUUUUAGCUAAUGAAAUUAGCUAAAUAUUAGCCAGGAUAGUAGCUACACAGUGUUUGAAAAAGUCUUGAGAAGUACUUGAAUUUCACCUGAAGUAAAACCAGUCCCCUCAGCUUUUUUCAUAUCAUUCAUCUUUUUUGGGCAGACCACAGAAACAAACAUAAUUAUUACCUCAUGUUGAUGUUGUGAGCGUCAACAUAACGAGGCAUUAGAUUGUGUCAUCACUCAGCAACAACAGCCAUCCAUCAAACCACGUCUCAUAAAGCUCAUUAGUUCAAUGGCCCGAGGCGGAGGACAAGUAUCUGCAUCUGAUUGGUGGUGUCUUCAGGUCAGUGUCUCCAGAAAAACCAAUCACAGAGAGUCUCCCACUGGCCUCUGUCAGUGUCACUGAGCUUUUUCAUAAAUCAUUACCUAAGUCCUCACUGUGGGGCCCAACAAUGAACGAAGCCAAGUCGACCCCAGAGGUCAGUGUUUGCACUUUAAUCUGACUGAGGGAUAAAUGGAACCUGUCACCUGCGCCCACUUCAGCGGAGAAUUGAUCUGCAACACGGUGAGAGGAGGAGACAAUAUUAAUAUGUUCUGGGUCUAGAACUUCAUCUGGAACUGAUGAGCUCAUUAUCUCAGCUACUUUUCCUUUACAUUUUAUAACAACUAACCUAAUGUUGGAUAUAUAUCUAUCUUGUUGCAUGAAAUAUUGUUAAAAUGAGCCAAGAAUUCAGAUGCUCAGGUUGAAGGCAUUAAGAGAAUGAAUCUUUUGAUUGAAUGAAAUUUUUUUUUCUGACUUCAGAGUCUUCAGAGUCAGGACUGAGGAGAAAAAGAAGAGUGUUUGGAUUCAACUCUGAUGACCGUUGUCUGGAGCCCAUGACUGAAGGCAGCUGCUCAGACUACGUCCUGCUCUGGUACUUUCACCCGCGGUCGAGAGAGUGCAGACCGUUUGUUUACAGCGGCUGUGGGGGGAACAGGAACCGAUUCUCCACUCGACAGGAGUGUCAGAUCUGGUGUGGGAAGGAGAGAAAGGACACUGAGCCCCGGAGGUGAAGAACAUCGUGACUGAAACUCUCACUUUUGUACAUAUCACCUGUAAAAUGUUAUGAAUUUUGUGUCUUGUUUUGCUUUUAUUUAUAUAUUUUGAAAAGCUGUUCCUAAAUUGGAUGUAAAAACAAAAUAUGACUGAACACAAUUUUUAAUUACAUACAUAAUCUUUCUUUGAGUUUCUCCCAACUUGUUUUUGAACUUGUUAGUGAAAAUAAAACAAUCGAAUCUAAGAAUGGAUUUUAAUUUGAAACUAGAGAAGUAGCUAAAUAUGUCAAUAUUGUGUCCAAGCACCAAGUACAACAAUUGGCCCCCGAGCCAGACUUUUGGGUCUACACUUCUACACGUCUCUUCUCACCUUCUGUUUGUUUUGUCAAUUGCUGUGAAAAAUAAGAAUCUGGUGUCCAACCAAAGCUCCUGCUGCUCCUUCAUCACUACAUAUGCUCCUGAGGCAGGAGGUGCUGCGCUCCAGGCCGAGAGCCAGAUGAAGGACCAACAGGAGGCCGGUGAUGGACAUCUGACUUUAACCUUCUUUUUAUCAGAGCGGAGCAGCAGUGGCAGGGGAGUCCUGCCUGGAGAUGAUGUCAGGACAGAGAGGAUACGUGUGGCAGAGACACGACACAGUACGAAGAGAAAUAAAUCCACAGGUUUUGAGCAUUGGUUUUAGGGCUGGGUCUUAUUCUACACAACAUGUAGCACAGAAUAAGAACUAAAUUAUUGAUGUCUCUUACAGAUUUUAACUUUUAGAAUUGAUUUGGCUGGCUAACUUUUAGCUGUUAAGCUAACAUGAAGCCCUCCAGUAAACUGUUGUUGCUAUGAAUAAAUGCCUGGUUCACGUUUAUUCUCACUCCAGUAAAAGGUUGAGUCCACACUUUUAUUGACGAAUGUAAAGGCCUCCCAGUAUGAUGAGAGUAUGAUGUGAGUUUCUUCCCUAACUGAAGUGGAGGAGGGACAAGUACAGUAUCUUCAUCAGAGUCUGAGUGGGAGGACGUGUCGUCACACAGCCUGUCACACUCUGUGACCACUCCAGCUGUGAGGACUUUGUCAUAUUCAUCCUACUAUGAAGAUGCUCAUUAGAAACUGACCUGACACUCUUUAAUUCCUUCACAC